UAUUUCCUGACCAAAGGAAAAAAACGGUCUCUCUAGAGGUUUAAACUACAGGCAUCCUCGGUGACUACUAGUUCCUAGACUACUGGAUUUGUGGGGCUGGAGCCAAUAUUGCUGGUCAGCACUGAGUCUGGGAAUUACAGCCACUACCUGAAUUUCAGCAGGGUACCUUAAAGCCAUGCCAGCGGGAGUAGAGCUCAGGGUUACUGAGCCUGAGGACACCCCGACCAAGGAGACGACGAGUGAGAAAAAAGACUCAUUAAAGCCUGUUUCUGAGGUUAAGAUACAGGGUCCAAGCCCGGAGGAUGAGGCCGCACCCUCCGUUGUUAAGAAACAGCGAAAGAAGGGUGUGGAGCAGCCAUGCGGCUUGGGCUGUAUAGAGAUUUCCCUCCUCCAGCGUUUUAACAACUUGUUCUACUUCAUGAUUUUCUACUGCGUUUUAGCCACUUGUCAAGGUUUUGUGUUUGGUCUGACAAUUCUGAGCAUUGAGACUUUUCAAAGAGACUAUUAUCUGAACCCAUUCCCAGCCACAGCAUUAUCACUGAGUUAUGAUAUUUCAUCUUGCCUGGUAGUACCAUUUAUAGCAAACUGUGGAAGGAGAAAAAGCUCACCAAAAUUGAUUGCACUGUCCUCCUUUUUAAUGGGACUAGGAUCAAUUUUACUUGCUUACCCAUACUUUGGUAAGAAAAUGAAAUACCAACCAAAUGUGGAAUAUGAACAAAUUUGCCUGCAAAAGACAAUUCCCAGAUUUUGCAAACAAGAGUCACUAUUCCAAACAUAUUACAAAGCUUUCUUAGUCUUCGGACAAUGUGUUGAGGCUCUAGCAGCAAUGCUUCUCUAUCCCAUUGGAGUGGUCUUUAUUGAUGACAACCUUCCCAUGCACUCAACUGGACUUUAUCUAGGCAUUAUGGAUUCUUCAGUCAUUUUUGGAUAUGCUCUGAGUCAUAUAAUAGGAUCAAAACUGGUUAAUGCCCCUUAUAGAAAUUCUUCAGUGACUGAUGAUAAAAUCAAAGCUGUUGAGGAAUACUGGCAUUGGCGUUGGUGGAUUUCUUUUUUUACUGCCUCAGUUAUAACAUGGUCUUUAGUAAUACCACUGGCAUGCUUUCCACAAAAUAUACAAGGUACAACAAAGACAAAAGGUAGGAAACGUAAACAGUCAAUAGUUGCAAAACAAUUUAAAGAUGUGGAAUUUAAAUAUGGAAUCAAGAAUGUUUUUGCUGCUUUUAAGAUUUUGAUAAAGAGACGAAUAUUUCUAUUCUUAUCUUUGUCCAAAGCAUCAGAAACUUUACUUAUUAUUGCAAUAACCGAAUUUUUGCCUACAUAUUUAGAAAGUCAGUUUAUAUUAACACGAAAUGUGGCAAGGACACUUUCAGGAGUUGUUUUUUUUCCCGGAGGUGCACUUGGCCUGAUUCUGGGUGGUAUCAUUGUCUCCAAAUUGCAAAUGAACUGUAAAAACCUUAUGAGAUCUAUACUAGUUUCAUCUUGUGUAUCUGUUGGACUUCUUGUGUUUAUAAUUUUCAUACACUGUGAUUCACCGCGACUUGCUGGCAUCAAUGAUGACUAUGAUGGGACAGGGCAGUUGGGAAGUCUGACAGCUCCUUGCAAUUCUAACUGUCAUUGUUCAAGUACAAUUUACACUCCUAUAUGUGGAAGAGAUGAUGCUGGAUAUUUUUCUCCUUGCUUUGCAGGCUGCAAACGGUCUAAAGCAUCCAACAAUUCUGACUAUACACAGGCAUACUAUGAGUGCUCUUGCAUUAAUGCAGGAUUAACAAAUCAAGAUGAUGACGGUGAUUUUAUUGAUGCUAAAAUUGGAGGCUGUGAUGCACAGUGCUAUAAAUUACCUUUGUUCCUAACUUUUAUCUUUUCUACAAUUGUAUUUUCUGGCUUUUCUUUUAUACCAUGCAGCCUAGCCAUUAUCCGGAGUAUGCCAGAUAAACAGCGUCUAAUGGCACUGUAUGUGAGCUAUGUGAUGUUGAAAAUUGGGAUUAUACCUGGGCUAGUGGUUUUUAGACAAAUAAGGGAAAUGACUUGUUUAUUUCGGGAUGAUGGAGAGUGUGGAAAAAAAGGAACAUGCUGGUUUUACAGCAAGACAAAAAUGGCUCACUUACUGAUAGGAAUAUGCUUUUUUGGCAAAAUGUGCACUAUUGUCUUCACUAGUAUUGCAUACAAACUGUAUAAAAAUUUGCAAAAAGAAGUUAAUAAGAUGUCUGUAACUGAGAAGACUGAGAAGACUGCAAAAGUUAAAAAAAAGAAAGAAGAAAUAAACUGAUCUAUACUAGGAAGAAACAUCAUUAUGACUGAAGAAUUUUUGAGGACAAGCGGGUAAAUAUUCUUAUCUCCUUUAAUUCAACGGGAUCUGUUGCUGUGCCCUACGAUAAAAGGGGGGGGGGUCAUAAGUGGUGUUUACC